GGAAAUUUUUGUUUGUGACACAAAAACAGAACAGCCUUGCACUGACUUGUGCAAGUGUGUUUUUGCUACAAUUUUGUGACAAUUUGUGUUCAUAUGGCGACUCAGAAGAAAAUAGCAGUUCCGGUAUUUACAGAGGUCGACCGGGAUGUUUUUCUACAAAAGAUUUAUCCACAGCGUAAACCAGCCGUGCUGAGAGGCGUGUGUCUAGGUCCCUGUUUGGAGAAGUGGACCGUGGAGUAUCUUGCCCAGAAAGGAGGCGACAAGGAAGUGAAGAUCCAUGUUUCUAGAGUGCCUCAGAUGAACUUCCUUAACAGAAACUUUGUGUACAGGACUCUUCCUUUCGAUGAGUUCGUGAGGAGGACAUCAGAGGAGAAACAUGCAGACUUCUUCUUGUGCGAGGAUGAGAGCUAUUACCUUCGGUCCCUGGGAGAAGAUGUCCGAAAGUGUUUUUUCCCUCAGGAUCCCGCCGACUUGCGCAAACAGUUUCCCGAGCUAGCCGACGACUUCCACAUCCCCGACUUCUUCGAGCCAAGUAACUUCUUUUCCAGCGUGUUCCGCAUCAGUUCCCGCCAUCUGCAGCUGUGGACGCACUACGACGUGAUGGAUAACCUUCUGGCUCAGGUGACGGGGAGGAAGAGAGUGGUUCUCUUCAGCCCCCAGGAUGCAUUGCACCUCUACAUGACAGGUGACAAAUCAGAAGUCUUAGAAAUUGACUCGCCGGACGUGAACUUGUAUCCCGAGUUUGUGAAGGCCACGAGAUAUGAAUGCGUGCUGGAGCCUGGAGAUCUGCUCUUUAUUCCUGCCAUGUGGUUCCACAACACCCUGGCGCUCCAAUUCGGCGUGGGCGUCAACAUAUUCUGGCGCGAGUUACCCGCCGACAGCUACGACAAAAAGGACCCUUACGGCAACAAAGACCCAGUAGCCGCCGGCCGAGCCCUUCAAGCUCUAGAGAGAGCGUUGCAUUGUCUGGACGAACUGCCGCCCCAGUACCGAGACUUUUACGGACGCCGCAUGAUUCAGAGAAUCCGCGAACGGACAUUCUGCAACCGUACAAGUCCAACGGCGGCUUUGGAGUGAUUUUCCCUUGAUAAAGUUGGAUUGAAACACUGGCAGAACUUAAAGCUGUGAGGAAAAAUGUUUGGACUUUGUUACCCAUAUGCUGGGGAUACUUGUAUUGGUUUGGGGCUUAUUUGGUUCCCUCAUAGGUGUUCACCAAAGUACACCACCUUGUAGUUUUUUUGUUUGUUUCUUCUUUUUUUUUUUUACAUUUGUUGAUUUUGUGUCAUCUAAACAAGUAAAACUGGACCUGCAAGUUACCCAAAGCUCCCAGCAAUCAAAAGUAAACUGAAAGUAUUUUAUAUCUGAAUCUGAU